UUCGCCACAUUGUAUCGUAUCUAAUCUAAGUACCGUCGCCGGUCCCCGCCGGUUACGUUUGUCCGUUUCCACCUCCUUCUGCUGACCCAGCCAUCUUACCCCUUCACAUAUACAUAUAUACAUAUAUAUAUAUACACACACCCUCUGUUAUCACCGCCACUCUCAUAUAACUCAUUCCAUUCAUCAACUCUCUCAUUUCAACCUUUUCAAUUCUCUUCAAAAACUUAUCAUCAUCGAUGGGCUUACCUAACGGCGACGUCCACGUUGCAAACGCCGUUGAAACUGACACACACCUAACUUCUCAAAAACCGUUGCACGGUGAAAAUAUCAAGAACGUAUCUAACGGCGAUGAUUACGGCGAACAGAAUUUGGAUGAUUCGUCUGUAGAUGAUUCAAAUACCAGUAACAGUAACAGUGACGAUUGUUCAGAUGAGAUCUGUGGAGAAGACGAAGAGAAGGAAACGCCGUUAGAUAACGGCGAACAGGGUGAAAACACUGUCGUGUUUCCGCCGAAUCCACAGCUUCCACGGCCGGAAGCACCACCGGGAGUCCUGGUUGUUUACACGGAGGCGGAGAAAACCGUAACGCCUCCGUUGAUUAAGCGAUCGAACUCUUCGCCGGAAAGUACGGUGCAGAUUCCGGCGAUUGGCAAGUUCUUUCGGGAGAAGAGUAACAGCUUAUCGGCGGCGAUUACGAAACGGUUAUCGUUAUUAACGGACGAAGACGACGUUAGUUCCGAUAAACGGAAGGUUAAUUCAAACGUAACGGAGUUUAACCUAUCCGGACUCAAAGUAACGGUAACGCUAAAACAACAGAAUAACGAAAACGAACAGUUCAAAGGACGAAUCACGUUCUUUUCACGAUCAAACUGCCGAGACUCCACAGCGGUACGAUCAUACUUCCGUGACCGGAACUUACGCUACGUGGAGAUCAACGUCGACGUGUAUCCAACGCGCGAGAUUGAACUGAUCGAACGGACAGGAACCUCCGCCGUGCCUCAGAUCUUCUUCAACGAGAAGCUAUUCGGCGGACUUGUGACGUUAAACUCGUUGAGGAAUUGUGGAUUGUUAGAGGAGAGGAUGAAGGAUUUGCUCAGCCGAAAGUGUCCUGAUGAUGCUCCGGCGGCUCCGGUGUACGGAUUUGAUGAUCCGGAGGAGGAGAAGAUGGAUGAAAUGGUGGCGGCGGUUAGGGUUUUGCGGCAGCGGUUGCCGAUUCAGGACAGGUUGAUGAAGAUGAAGAUUGUGAAGAAUUGUUUCUCUGCGGCGGAGAUGGUGGAGGUUUUGAUUCAUCAGUUUGACUGUGGGAGGAAGAAGGCUGUGGAGAUGGGCAAACAAUUAGCAAGAAGGCACUUUAUUCAUCACGUGUUCGGGGAAAACGAAUUCGAGGAUGGAAACCAUUUUUAUCGGUUUCUUGAACACGAGCCUUUCAUUCCUAAUAGCUACAACUUUCGGGGAUCCACAAAUGAUCUCGAGCCAAAAGCUGCUACUUUUAUUGGCCAAAAACUCGCGAAAAUAAUGUCAGCAAUACUUGAAUCAUAUGCAUCUGAAGAUGGCUGCCAUCUUGAUUACAUAGGUAUCAGCAACAGCGAGGAAUUCCGGAGAUAUGUAAAUCUGGUGCAAGAACUUCAAAGGGCGGAUAUAUCUACACUUUCGGAUUCUGAAAGGCUUGCUUUCUUUAUUAACCUACACAAUGCCAUGGUGAUCCAUGGUGUAAUUAGUGUCGGUCAUCCUGGGUCAGCAGUGAUCAAUAGGAGAUCAUUCAAUUCUGAUUUUGUAUACAUCAUUGGCGGGUCCCCGUAUUCCCUUACAACAAUUGUUAAUGGUGUUCUUAGAAAUAACCGUAGAGCACCUUACUCGUUUACCAAACCUUUUGCUUCUAGUGACAAGCGUUUAGAGUUGGCUUUCCCACAAGUUAAUCCAUUGAUUCAUUUUGGUAUAUGCAACGGGUCGAAAUCAAGCCCGCCUGUGAGGUUCUUCAGCCCCCAAGGGAUUGAAUCCGAACUCAGAUUUGCAGCACGAGAGUUUCUACAAAGGGAUGGAAUCCAAAUUGAUCUAGCCAAGAGAACAGUGCACCUCACUCGUAUCUUCAAGUGGUUUAGUGCCGAUUUUGGGCAGGAAAAGGAGAUCUUGAAGUGGAUCACCGGCUACUUGGAUGCAAGCAAGGCGGGGCUGUUGUCGCAUCUUUCUAGUGACGGUGGUGCAGUGCAUAUUGUUUACCAGGAUUACGACUGGUCUGUAAAUUGUUAAUGAGCUGUGAUUGUUGGCUCGUAGAUAGAAACGAUGAACUUGAAUCUCAUGCUACAAGUUGUAUUUUUGUUUGAUUGAUUAAAGAACCCAUUUCAAAAGGAAUGGAGUGAUAAUAUAUAAUUUGCUUUUAAUUUA